UUUCAUGGACAAAGAACAACAAUACAAACUUGUGUUUAGACAUUUGGACAAAAAUGGCGACGGGAAACUAUCGCCGACGGAGCUCCAAACGUGCAUUACGAGGAUAGGUGGAGAGUUGUCACCCGAGGAGGCGGAGAUGGUGGCUGAACUAAUGGACUCCGAUGGCGAUGGAUUGUUGAGCUUGGAAGAUUUAGUUAGAGUGGUGGAAGAUGCAAAUGAUGAACAAAAAGUAAAUGACUUGAAGAUGGUUUUUAAGAUGUAUGAGGAUAUAGAGUGUGGUAGUUGUAUAACUGCUAAAAGUUUGAGGAGAAUGCUUAGCAGAUUAGGAGAGUCAAGGACAAUUGACGAGUGUGAGUUGAUGAUCACCAAGUUUGACCUUGAUGGCAAUGGUGUUCUUGAUUUUGAUGAGUUUCAAGACAUGAUGUCAUCAUCUUGAGUGACAUUACUU